AUGUCGUGGGUCUGGAAGCACUUCGGCAGACUCAAAAGCGACCCAAAAAAGGCUCCUCUGGCGCCGUUACCGACAUCGUAUGCCGUGCGUGCCUGGCUGCCAAGCUGGCUGCCCGUCCGCGAUUGCCUCGUCACCGUCCACAAGAAGAGUCAGUUCAUCGAAAGCCCCGCGUCACGCCCGCUGCAACGACGUCGCAACCCAACGCCGCCCCAAAGGUUCCGCGGCAGGUUGGACCACGGCAUCAGCAAGGACAAUGCCGACUACCUUGCGCGCGUACGUAUCAACUUUGUCGACUUCCUCGAACGCGAGCAGCGUAGCACAGUGAGCCCGGCCUCGUUGAAGAAGAUUGCCUGCAGGAGCUGGGUCCAUCUCUUCAAGCUUGUGGUCGUCAACCUCUGGUGGCACAAGAACGGAUGUCACCACCGCCUCGUCGUGCGCAUCGCGGCCCAUUCGAACGCGUAUCAGGAGCGUGUCUUCUCGCUUUGCAAGCUGAUCGACUCGCCGUUGCCCCAGAACAUCGGCAACACAAAGUUUGAGAUGCUUCUCGUCCUUGCGUUGGACAAGCGAACUAUGUCUGCCGAACGCGAGCUCGUCAAGGUGCUCGAGGCGACGACGACAGCCUCGGAGUCUGCCACAAAACUCAUUCACCUUAACGGCAACAUCGACAACGAUGAGACCGAAGCCAGCUUCAUCGUCGUUGAAACGCUGCGGUCGGCGGCCAAAUGCUACGCCUGA